AUGGUGUACAAGCUGAACAAAGCGCUUUAUGGACUGCGUCAAGCACCACGGGCCUGGAAUCAUAAGCUCAAUCAGAUUCUAAAGGAGUUAAAUUUUGUGAGAUGUGCUAAGGAGCCUGCUUUGUACCGAAGACAAGAUAAAGAACAGUUGUUGAUUGUAGCGGUUUAUGUGGACGAUCUUCUUGUCACUGGUAGCAGCCUGAGUCUAGUUCAAGAGUUCAAGCAAGGGAUGUCAUCUAAGUUUGAGAUGAGUGACCUUGGUAGACUGACAUACUAUCUUGGCAUUGAAGUCUUACAAGAAGAUAGCGGAAUCACCUUGAAGCAGAGCAGGUAUGCAGAAAAAAUUCUCGAAGAGACUGGCAUGAGUGAUUGCAAUGCUGUUCAGGUUCCGAUGGACUCAGGUUCGAAGCUUUCAAAGGCUAUAGAUGAUCAGUCUAUUGAUGAAAGUGAGUAUAGAAGGAAUAUUGGCUGUCUGAGAUAUUUGAUUCACACCCGACCUGAUCUCUCCUUCGCAGUUGGCAUUUUGAGCCGCUAUAUGCAUAACCCGAAGAGAAGUCAUGGUGUGGCGUUGAAGCAUGUUUUGAGGUACUUACAAGGAACUUCAGGUUAUGGUCUCACAUUUAAGAAAGGAAGCAGCUCCGGGUUAGUAGGAUAUUGUGACAGCAGUCUUAAUAUAGAUGAAGAUGAUGGUAAAAGCACAAGUGGUCACAUUUUCUAUCUCAACAACUGUCCUAUUACAUGGUGCUCACAGAAGCAGGAGACGGUAGCUUUAUCUUCUUGUGAAGAGCUCAAGAGAGUAACGGUUCGUAUAGACAACAAAUCUGCUAUAGCACUUACCAAAAAUCCUGUCUUCCACGGUCGCAGCAAACACAUUCAUAGGAAGUUUCAUUUUGUUCGUGAAUGCGUAGAAAAUGAGCUGGUAGAGGUCGAGUAUGUUCCUGGCAUUGAGCAGAAAGCUGAUAUCUUGACCAAGGCACUUGGGAGAAUCAAGUUCAAAGAACAGAGAAGCUUCAUUGGAGUUCAAGAUUUGAGUGAGCAAGAUGGUUUGAAGCUUACGGGGGACAAUGUUAGUGUAAGCUUGAAAUAG